GUGUUUUUUCGACAAAGUGGUAAAGUCUUUAAAUCUUGCAGGUUCAAUAAUAAAAGUCUAUUGGUCAAAGUAACAUUAAAAAGUGAAGAGAAGAAAAAUCACAUUUAUUAGUGGCGAGCGUUAAGUGUUUUCGGGAUAAUGACUACUAAAAAGUGGGUCUUGAUUUUAGCUGUAAUAGUGGCUGUAGCACAAGAGAUCCAAACUGCUUGUGUUUGUAACGAAAAGGGUACAGAUGCCUGUGCGGCAUGUUCUGAGAUAAAGGUUGUAAGACCUAAGCCAAAACCACCCAAAUCAGAUUUGGGACUACCGCCCAUUGGAGAUAAUUGCUGGUGCAGUAAAAUGAUGAUACAGCCGGCCUCAUUACCAAAACCCUGUCCCAAAUCCACAAAACCACCACCACCCUGUGGCUGUCCAGCCGCCAAACCCUAUAAAGCUAUACCAUCUAUAUUUUCGGCCCCCACUUCAUACAUGGUACCUCAAUAUGUACCAUCUUUAGUUAAAGAUGAUUCUCCACCCGCCGAUCCCAUUAGCAUAAGUUUAGCCAUACAGGCUGGCAAAGCUAUUGAAGUACCCGAGGCCAAAUUGGCUUAUGGUUUUGUUCAGAAACCCAUCGAUGGUCUACCCAAAUUGUAUAUUUCCUCUAUUAAAGAAGAAAAUCUUUAUGCCUUGAAAAGUGAUGUAAUAACUUUGAAAAAACCUUCACCGCCAAAAAUGAAACCCUUAGAAGAUGAUUAUCCUGAACCGGAAGACGAAGAGCCGGCUCCAGAAGAAUACGAACCACCAACAUUGACUUAUAAGCAAUUGGGUUAUGAAGCGGAACAAUUUAAAAAUCCUGAAUUUAAAGAAUUGCCGCCAUCAUUGCCGUAUCCACCACCUAGUGCCCCCGCUGCCAUACCGGGAAAAGUUGCAGUGGAUUGUGGUUUUAGGCCAGGACGUAUAGCGAAAUAUUGUUUGUAGUUAUAUAAAAAAUGAAUUUUUAAUUUACUAAAUGUAGUUUUAUACAUUUUAUCAUGUAUUUUUUCUGCGAUUUGUUGUUACAAGAAAAACUUUUCGAAUAUUUAAAUUAAUUUAUCAUAAGUUUUGUAUAAAUAAGAAUACGAUUUUUAUACCGAAAU